AUGGAUCGGCUGACAGGCCUUGAAGAGGUGGUACGGACAUUGCAACAGAUCAUAUCCUCUCCCGACCUCGCCAUCUUUCAUCGGCUCUCGCCGUCGUCAACACCAAAUGGACGCGAAGAGAACUUCCCUGUCCUACCACGAGACGUCCCCGAACCACCUUCGCCCAACAUCGCACAGCCACUUGCGUCUUCAACUGCGGGCAAUGAGUUAUUCGACCAGCAACACCAAUGUCAGGACGACCUCCUCUCACGGCUGGGCGUGCACCUCACUACUGCGGUCCUGCCUCACCUCAACCUCUCCUCCCUCUCUCCGAACUAUUACGGCUUCGUGACGGGCGGAGCCACACCCGCCGCGCUACUGGGCGACUUCCUGGCCUCGAUUUAUGAUCAGAAUGUCCAGGUACAUCUCCCCAAGGAGACCCUCGCCACGACCCUCGAAGUCGUGGCUCUCAACAUGCUCGUCCAGCUCUUCCGUCUGCCGGAGUCGACCUGGGCCGUCGGCAAACCCCACACCACUGGCGGUGGCACGUUCACGACGGGCGCAACAGCGAGUAACGUCCUCGGACUCGCUCUAGGCCGGGAACACGUCCUUCGGCACAAGCUCAGAAGUCUUGUUGGGCACAUUGCUCAAUCACCCGACACUGACAGCGACACGUCGACGGGAGAACAAGGCCUGUUCCACCUGAUGCAAAAAGCCGGCGUGACGAGGAUCCAAGUCCUCAGCACGCUGCCUCACUCCAGCAUAGCCAAAGCGGCAAGCAUAGUCGGCAUCGGGCGGCGGAACGUCAUCUCCAUCUCCGCAAAGGACGACCCAUUAGAAAUCGACCUGCAGAAACUGGAGCAAGAGGCCUCAAAGCCCGACGUGUUGAACAUCCUCGCCAUCUCGGCCGGCGAGGUCAACACCGGCCGCUUCGCCACCAAUUCCGCCUCUCAAUGGACGCAGAUCCGCCGCAUCUGCGACACCCACGGCGUCUGGAUCCACGUGGACGGCGCGUUCGGGCUGUUUGGCCGGCUCAUCCCGGAAGCUGAUGCUGAUGCUGAUGCUGAAGCUGGCGGAGGGGCAGAGCCGCCAGACGCAGAAUACUCCAGCAUCGUCCGCGGCGUGCAGGGUCUCGAGCUGGCCGACUCCAUCACAGGCGACUGCCACAAGCUGCUCAACGUCCCCUACGACUGCGGCGUCUUCUUCACACGACACAAACCCCUCUUGGAAGACGUCUUCCAGAACGGCAACGCAGCAUACCUGACCGGCGGCGUGGCAGGCUCCGGCGCUCGGGGGCGCGAUGACAACGACAACGACCACGACACAUUCCUCCCCGCCAUCCAAAGCCCCUUGAACAUCGGGAUCGAGAACUCGCGCCGCUUCCGCGCCCUGCCCGUCUACGCCACCCUCGCGGCGUACGGGCGCGAAGGAUACCUGGCCAUGCUGAAGCGGCAGAUCGGUCUCGCUCGCCGCGUCACCCGCUGGCUACUCGGCGAUCCGAGGUUCGAGGUGCUCCCCUCCUCGCGCAACGCGGCCGGAGGAUCGGCCGCCGACACCGUCGCGAGGACGUUCAUUGUCGUCUUGUUCCGAGUAAGAGGUAGCAAGGAUGACGACGACGACGACGACGACGACGACGACGACGACGCCGACGACGCCACCACACGAUCGUUCGUCAGGCGCGUCAACCAGACGGGGAAAAUGUACAUCACUGGCACGGUGUGGGAGGGCAGAGCUGCCGCGCGCAUCGCCGUGAGUAAUUGGCAGGUCGACGUGGAAAGGGACGGGGCGUUGAUUGAGGGCGUCUUGACUGAGGUGGUUGAAUCUUAA